AGUCGCCCGAGAAGAAAGAAUUUGAGAAUUAUUCAGUAAAGUCUAAGAUUUUAGAAUCAAUAUUCAUCGAAAACAAAAGGGAACUCCAAUAACACAUCUAUUUUACUAGAAAUUCUUUAAACAAUUUCUUAUAGACUUGCUUCAGUUACUUGAUCCGAAUUACAGGACAAUGUUACAACAACUCGAAACGGAUCAACAUCAUUUUUCAUUUUGACGUUUGCCAACCAACAAUCUCUAAUAUCGUGCUGAUAAAUGCAUUCUUCUUAUUUGGUAUAUUGGUUUAGGGCACUAGAGCUGUGUCCGGCAUAUCAUUUGACAUAUCUGGUAUCCAUGAAGUAUCUAUAAGCAAGAAAGCUUUUAAAAGAAUGCCUAAUCUUCGAUUCCUCAGAGUUUACAAAGGUAAAGAUGAUGGAAAUGAUGUAGUGCAUAUACCUGGGGAGAUGGAGUUUCCUCGUCGUCUAAGGUUGCUACACUGGGAAGCAUACCCAAGCAAGUAUCUUCCUCACACAAUUCAUCUUGAAUAUCUUGUCGAGCUCAAUUUUCAGAAUAGCAAGCUUGAGAAGCUAUGGGAAGGAAGCCAGGUUGGUCGGUAUUGUACUGUUAAUAUAUAAAUAUGUACUUUGAUUUGCCGUCUUUCUCUCUUAUUGUGUUUUCUUUUCUUUUUUUUUAGCCACUUGCAAAUCUCAAGAAGAUGGAUCUGUUAGCGUCCGGGAAUUUGAAGGAACUCCCUGAUCUUUCAAAAGCUACAAAACUUGAGAAGCUGAAUCUGAGUUUUUGCGUGAGUUUAGUAGAGAUUCCAUCCUCUUUUCUGCAUCUUCAGAAACUACAGACGCUGACAAUGACUGGCUUCAUAAACCUAGAAGUCAUGCCAUCUCACCUGAACUUGGCAUCCCUUAAACAAGUCAAUAUGAUGGGAUGCUCAAGACUGAGAAACCUUCCAGUUAUUUCGACCAACAUUCGAAGAUUAUAUAUAUCUGAGAUAGAGGUAGAAGAUGAGCGUGCAUCGAUUAAGAGCUGCUCUCGUCUUAAGAAUCUCACCAUAAGGAAAGGUGGAAAGCUCAAGGGAUUAACACAUCUCCCCACAAGUUUAACAACCGUGAACCUAAGCAAUUCUGAUAUUGAAAGGAUUCCAGAAUGCAUCAAAGAUCUUAAUCGGCUACAAUACCUCAAUCUAUGUGGAUGCAGAAGACUGUCAUCAUUGCCAGAACUCCCUGUUUCGCUCGUGUUUCUAUAUGCAGAAGAUUGUGAAUCACUUGAGACGGUAUUCUUCUCUGUAAACACUUCAUAUGUGCACCUCUUUUUCACGAAAAGCCAUCAUCAGACAAACAGCUACACAUGGAAAAGCAUGCCUACCGGGAAGAGAAGUGCCUGCAGAGUUCGAUCACAGAGACAGUGGAAAUUCAUUGACCAUCAACAGACUUCUUUCCUCAGACACAAGUUUCCAGGUUUGCCUCGUGGUUUCACCUAAACGGCAAAUCAAAGAAUAUAGAGGUUCUAUAUUGUGUAGCCUAGUCAUAGACGGCUUAGACCCCAUUGAUCAGGUGGUGUCAAUAUUCACCAUCUCAAUAUGUCGAAAGGAACAUCUAUUUAUAUUUGGCAACAAGAUCGAAGACUUUAGAGCUGCAAUUAUCACUAACGUGAGCAGAGAGAUGAUGUUCGAAUUCAGCAGCCAAUACCACGAAUUCUACGUCACUGAAUGUGGUGUCCAAGAAAUCUAUGACUCUGAAUUAGACCAAAUAUUUGAAGACGGCUAUUAUAGUGACACUAGUGGUGGAAGCAAUGAAUCUGAGCCCAAAGAAGUAUUUGAAGACCAAGUAUCUAAAGACGACGAUGAUGGCUCGAGCUUGCGUUCAAACCCAGCGAAGCGUCUCAAGACUCAAUAGAAGACGAGAAUUCUGAAGGAGAAAAACAUACAGGUAGUUGGGUUUGAUUAAGUAUACGGUCCAAAUAUUCAUUGGCCGGACACACAACACUUGAUCUUGGUUACCGGAGGUGGUGCCGUGCUCUCUGAGAGCCAUAGACGCUGAUCCGUUGACGUCAAGUAUCCGGUGCGACCAAAGUCAACACAAGGAACUGGUUAAUAGUGCCAACAUUUGUAAAUUUCCUUGUGGCUAAUGGAAUUGAACUGCGACCGUAUUGGGAUUACCCAUCAUGUGCCACUAGCCCAAUGCGGUCUAUUAAAGUUUGGAGUUGGCAUUCCACACGUGAGACGAUGGUGCUCGAACACAAUACCGGAUAAAAGGUUUUGAAUCAUUACUUGAAGCUUGUUUCCUUCAAAGGAAAACAUGUCGACGCGGCUCUCAUUUUUAUUAAAGAUUAUUCAACACUUGUGGGCUAGUCAAAAUACAUCAUCGUGAUGUCCGGUCGUUUGCACACUUUUGAGCACUUGACUUGUAUAGGUCGUAAUAGUUAGAAAUUAAAUCAUGGGCUUUAAAUGGUGCUACUCAAUGGACCAAUUAUUGCCACUCCAGCGAUAUCUAAAUUAGCUCGUUUGCUAAUAAUUUCAUACAAAACACCCGACAAACAUUUCCGGAAAUUUGAGAUCAAAAUGAUUUGUUGAAAAUAUCGAUUCUGUAUUAAUAUGAAACUCAUGUAACUAUAUUCUAGAUUGAAAUGAUGUUUAAUUAUUUAGAAGUCCAUUAUAUAGCUUACAAAUUAAGAACAUAUAUAAAUUAAUUAUGUUAUAAAAUACUCUCUAAUAAAUGAGUGAAUUUUAAAAUCGUUUCAUAAUCUAUAUAUAAUAGCAAACCUGAUUUUGUCCUCCUAUAACAUCAUCAUUUUUUAUAGGAAAAAAAAAGUUUGAUCCAAUGAUCAACAUUUUUCAUAUUUUAUGAUUUAAUGGAUAUAAAACACUCUUUCUAUAGAUGAUGAUGUCAUCAAUUUUUUUGGCUACCCUUCUAUCAACAGACAUCUAUUUUAAACAACACAUCUUUUUAAGAGACACAAUGACAACUCUUCUUUCAACCGUCAUCUAUUUAAAACAACACAUCUUUUUUAAAGACCCAAAUCAUACAUUUUCAUCUAAACAACACAUCUCUUAACCAACAUACAUUUUCAUAAUUUAUUUAAACAUUCAACCCAAUGGUCAGAAUUAUUUGUUUUUAUCAUCUAAAAGACAUAAAAACACUUUCGUUGAAUUUAUUGUUGUCAGCCAAAAAAUUAUAUUUGACAAAACUUUCUUUAUUUAUUUAAACAAUGCGUCCUUUCGCAAACAUACAUUUUCCUAAUUUUAAGUAUUUUUUAUAUACUAAAGCAACACAUCCCUUAACAAACAUAUGUUUUCAUUAUUAUUUAAAACAAUGCAUCCCUUAGCAACAUAAAUUUUCCUAAUUAAAAUAAUUUUUCAAAAAAAUCUGAAGAGAUACAAUCCGACGGCCGUAAUUGUUUGUUUAAUUAUCUAAUGGUCCAAAAUUAUUUUGGUGUAUUUCUUAAGUCGUAUCGUAACUUUUUCUGAA